AUGGCCCCGGGGAUAGGCGGCGAACCCUGGGGUGAUGAUUGGGUUCACCCCAAAUGGGGAGUUCUGGGUCUGAAUGCGGACAUUUAUUACUUGAGGGAAGGCGUGAAGAACGACUAUGCGCUGAAUUUCACCGUCACGAUCCCGGCCGACGUCCCCGGGCUGCAUUUCACCUGGGAGAACCUUUCCAACAAACCCGUGGCCUACGAAAUUACGAUGGAUUACAACAACCACUUGGCGAUGGACGAACCCAGGAUGAACAUUUCAGACCGCGGUUUGCUUCCACGCGGACGCCAGGUGUUCAGAAUUGACUUUCCGUGCACUGGGGCAGAGAACGCGGAAGUCGACAUCACACUGAGCGUCAACAUCACAACUGUCUACGAAUUGUCGUCACUGCGGCUCCGGAGAAAGAAGAUUUGCUUGAAACAUUUAGUGGAGAUCCAACAGCAGCAGAACAUGAACACCAACAACAACAACAACCACGUGCAUCCUGCGAAUAAUAAGAAGCAGAAGGAGACGAAAUUGGCAGACGAAGGCAAACGGGUCUCGGUCGAGGAUCGGAUCAAGCAGCAGCAGGUGGCUGAGGUGGAGGAUCCCGCUGCGGCAGCGGCAGCCGGGGGAUCCCCCGGGUCCGGAUCCCCGGAUCCCCCGGGUGUGCCUCUGCCAGACGUUCGAUCCGCCCAGCACGACGGCGGCACUUUGGCCGCCCCCAACGGCAGUGUGGCUUACAUUGCCACGGGUUCCGUGUGCGGCGUCAUUGUGACCGUGAUGAUGGUCAUUUUGGUCCUCCACUUCCGGCGGAAACGCAGUCAACGUGGACCCGGAAGAACUGGGCUCCAGUGUCAUGAUGAUGAUGCAUUGUGCCUGAGGCACGGGCUCUGGCCGCCCGGACGUCUGACGGAAUGGCUGCUGCUGAGGAGAUUGUAA